AUGUCGACCACUACCAGCCCAGUUGCCCCAGUCCAAACCCGCGAUAUUCGCUCGGCAUCCGUAGCCUACAAGCGUGAUAAAGACCACAGCACGAAAUGGGCCCGAGGUGUCCGACCAAUAGCAGGGCACCAAUACGAAUAUCCAGAGCCAAAUUCCUAUGGAGAGUUGGUGUUCACGGGCAAGGUCCGCCCAGAUGCCCGACAUCCAUUUAUUGGCGAAAAAGACCACCGCAGCCCAAAGGCAAACUAUCUUGGUGCUGAGGACAUCUCUAGUCUAGCAAAUCGACGCUAUUCCCAUAAAGUUGACACUUUCCACGAGUCAAACGAUCACACGACCAACCCCCUUUCUAAGUCUCUUCUCUCCAUGCUUCCUCAGCAUAUGAACAACGCCACUCCCGCUAUCUCCACUCGCGAGCCAGACACUUUGUUCAGCUAUGAUACCCGCGGACCAACUCCAGGUCAAAAGGCUAGUCGUGUAGCUCUUGGGGGUCUGAUUGAGCAGGCAGAGCAGAAAUGGAUCGCCGAACAGACCGAGAAGAUCAUUCGUGGAGAAUACGAGGUACUUGAUGCACAAGGCGAGAAGACGGUCUUGAAGAAGGGGAAGAGAUCGCCAAAGCAGAAGCCUAAGGAGGUGCAGCCUGUUGUAGACGAGGAUGAUGGAUUCGAACUUGUUUAA